AUGGAACGCAAAUAUAUGAAUCUAGGGCAUAUUGGUCAGUGCUUAAUUAAAAAUAACGACGUACGUGCCUCAGGCCGUAAAUUAACAUUCAAGAUAUUAAAGACAAUGUCUAUUUUUGACCAAUUUCGAGAUAUUGAACCUGAUCGCAUCCGCAAUAGCAUAGUAUCAAUUAUUGCAGGAUUUUUAUUUGCAUUAGGCUGGUGGAUAGCAAUUGACGCAGCCGUGCUUUUCGCCGAAAACAAUUCCUUACCUAAUGCAUAUCAUACAGCUGGAGUAUUCAGCACCAUCGCUUUCAUAUUAAUUAACAGUGUUCCUAACGGAGUGUUGAGAGAUGAAUUUUCAGACAGUCGUAUCGGUCGUCGUGGAGCACUUAUAUGCCUAUUUUUCGCUUUCUCAAUGGCAUUUAGUAGUACAAUAGCUGCAUGUUGGAUAUUGUUUGGAGGUUAUAUCGCUGUAGGUAAAACACCAGUAUGGCCAGGUGUAGCUAUACUAUUACAAAAUCUACUAAUUUGUAUAUCGUCAAUUUUAUUCAAAUUUGGCAGAAAAGAACUUAGUGAUUUCUAA